AAAUUAAAAAUAAUUUCACCUCCCAACUGUUUGAAACGCACUUCAACCAAAAUGAAAAGCUUAAGGUCUGCAAGAGCGUUAACUCUGGAGAGAAGUAUCGUACCUGCCAACACUGUGGAAAGCAUUUAUCUAAAAAAGUAAGCCUUAAAAGACACAUGAUCAUUCACACUGGAGAGAAGCCUUAUAAGUGCAUUCAGUGUGGAAGGUGUUUCAGUUUUAAAGGAAACCUUAAAGUUCACAUGAGAGUUCAUACUGGAGAGUGCCCUUUCAUCUGCAAACUCUGUGGAAACAGAUUCCCUCUUAAGGGGACCCUUAAAAAGCACAUGAGAAUUCACACUGGAGAGAAACCCUACACAUGCUCUGAAUGCGGAAACAGUUUUGCUCAUAAAGAAAGUCUUAACAGACAUUCAAGAACUCACACUGGAGAGAAACCUUACGCAUGCUCUCAAUGCGGAAAGCUGUUUGCUCAAAAAUUAACUCUUCGCAGACACAUGAGAAUACACAAUGGAGAGAAGCCUUAUACAUGCCUUCAGUGUGGAAAGAGUUUCACUCAAAUUGGAAAUCUUAAAGUCCACAUGACCGUUCACACUGGAGAGAAGCCUUUCACCUGUCAACAGUGUGGAAGAAGUUUCUGCUUUAAAGGAAACCUUACUUCCCACAUGACAAUUCACUCUGGAGAGAGCCUCUUCACCUGCCAACAAUGUGGAACAUGUUUCACUCGAAAAGGAAGCUUUAACAGACACAUUAAAACUCACGCUAAAGAGAAGCAUUUUACCUGCCAACAGUGUGGAAAGAGUUUUGAUCAACAUGGAAACUUAAAAGCCCACAUGAGUGUUCACUCUAAAGAGAAAUCCCACAUGUGCACUCAAUGUGGAAAGACUUUCAGUCAAAAAGGACCCUUAAAUUCCCACAUGAGAAUUCACUCUGUAGAGACGGCCUACACAUGCCCUCAGUGUGGAAAGAGGUUCAGUCACAAACGACACUUUAAAGAUCACAUAAGAAUUCACACUGGAGAGAAACCUUUCACAUGCCAACAAUGUGGGAAAAGUUUCAACCGAAAAGGAAGCCUUACCCAGCACAUGAGAGUUCACACUGGAGAGAAGCCGUUUACGUGUGGUCACUGUGGAAAAAGUUAUAAAUCUAAAAGAGCCCUUAAUUACCACAUGAGGAUUCAUUUAUGAGACAACUGUUUUUGUAUGUUGUAUUGAAUUGAUUUUACAGACAGGAAACGUCUGUGUAAUGUGCUGAUUAUUGUUACAUUGCUAAAUUCCCUAUUAAUUUCCAGUGAUUAUGAGGGGAGUAAAGAUGCCAGAGUCAUGAAUUAGAUUUAUUGUUCUGAACAUUCAAAUGAAGAAUGAACUACAGUGCCUUGCUAAAGUAUUCAU